AUGUACAUACCGAGCUUAGAGACUCCUAUCAUUGUGCCAACUGUGGCACGAGAGGAUAUGAGCCCUCAAAAGAAACACUGGAUGGUGACAAUACAAGAGGUUUUCUACCCUGCUCUAGCAACUGUUGGCAUCCCCUCCAAUAUUAUCACCUUCCUGAUCAUCUGGAGGAGGAACUGCAUGCUCUCCCGAUCCAGCACCUUCUACCUCAUGGCCAUGUCUGUGGCUGACAACCUGGUUCUCAUCUUCAUUGUGGUUCUCGAACUUUCUGUUAAGUACCACCAGCAGGAGCCAUUUUGGAGUUACGAGCCUUGGUGCAGCCUGAGGGACAUUUUUAACUAUGGAGCAUACAACGCCUCAACGUGGCUGGUGGUUGUCUUUACAAUGGAACGUUUUGUCGCCAUCCACACAUGGAAACUAAAAACGAAAAUCUGCACGACAAGAUGUGCAGCAUGGACCACAACAGCAGUUUUCCUCUUCAGUCAUGUUUUUGCUAUUCCUUACUACCGGUCUAACGCCUCAGUCAACAAGAACAACCAGACUACAUGUGUUUACAAUCCAGAGGCCCCAACUCAGUUCAUUCAUGCCUUGGUUGGACUUCAAACCCUGCAAGCCUACAUAUUCCCCUUCCUCAUCAUCCUCACACUUAACGGGCUGACUCUGCGCCUAAUCUCUCUCAGCAAUCGGGUUCAUAUCGCAGCUGAUUUGACUUCCAGGGUCAACAAAGUGCUGCCUCUGCUGCACUCCAGGAAGAGAAAAUCUGUGAUGCUUUUGGUGACUGUGUCUAUGAGUUUUGUGCUGCUGUCUGUCACCCGUGCUAUAACUCAGAUCAUCAUCCGCACGACCCACAUGUACAGUUUUGAUCGUAAUGAUUACAGUCUCUGGAUAAAUAUAGCAGCAGACAUUGGCACCAUGCUGAGCCUGACCAAUGCUGCCGCAAACAUGUACCUGUAUGUAUGCACCCAGUCCAAGUUUCGCCAAGAGUUCUUUGCCUGUGUGCAGCAGGUGUCCACCUACUGCAAAACAAAACUGUAA